UCAACCAAAACAAAAAUCUAAACAUGUUAGGUGAAUUCUAACUCUGACUUUGGAAACAUUAAAACAUGUUCAUAACAAGUCCAUUUGAUCAUACAUACAUAGAACUAACUAAUUUCUUCAGAAACUUAAGUUUGAGAAAACCAUGGCUAUAUCACCAACACAACAAUAUAUUAUCUACAUCUUUCUUCUUCUCAUGAUGUUGCUAUGUUCCUCCACUGCCCAAACUCAAAAAAACAUAUCUUUAAGCUCAUUUCUUACUGCAACUAAUAAGGACUUAUUUUGGGAAUCAUCAUCUGGUGAUUUUGCUUUUGGUUUCCAGAAAAUUGGAAAAGGUGGUUUCUUACUAGCCAUUUGGUUCAAUAAAAUACCCGAGAGAACUAUUGUCUGGUCAGCCAACAGGGAUAAUCUUGUGGAAGAAGGAUCGAAAAUCGAGUUGACACAACUUGGGCUUGUUCUCAAAGACCCCAAAGGUAAUCAGAUUUGGAGUUCUGGUACUUCAGGAACUGAUCUUGCUUAUGGGGCCAUGCUUGAGACAGGAAACUUUGUCUUGGCAAACAACAACUCUGUCAAUUUGUGGGAGAGUUUUACUAAGCCAACAGACACAUUGUUGGUGGGGCAAACUUUGAGUCAAAAAAUGAAGCUUGUUGCUCGCUAUUCGGAAACAAAUUAUUCAAGUGGAAGAUACCAUUUUAUACUACAGUCAGAUGGAAAUUUAGUACUUUACACAAGAACUUUCCCACUUGACACUCAAAAUUUCCCUUAUUGGUCUAGCAACACUAUAAACAGUGGCUUUCAACUCAUCUUCAAUCAAUCAGGCUAUAUAUACCUUGAAGCAAAGAAUGGUACCAUACUAAACAUGUUAUCAUCAAAUGGUAAUGAAGCACAAAAUUUCUACCAAAGGGCAAUUCUUGAAUAUGAUGGUGUUUUUAGGCAAUAUGUGUACCCAAAAGAGAAUGGUGGAAACUCUAGUGGGUGGAAUAUGGCAUGGACUCAAUCAUCAACUUCCAUACCUUCCAAUAAAUGUUUGAGAAUUCAAGAAGAAAGAGGAAGUGGAGCUUGUGGUUACAACAGCUAUUGUGUGCUAGGAAUUGAUCAGAGACCACAUUGUCAUUGCCCAAAUGGUUACACUUUCAUUGAUCCAAAUGAUGAGAUGAAAGGCUGCAAACAGACAUUUGAAGCUCAAAGUUGUGAUGAAGGCUCGGGAGAUGCUGAUAAUUUUGAUUUUAUUAGCAUGGAGAACACAGAUUGGGUUGAGAGUGAUUAUGAGAAAUUUCAAACGGUGAAUGAGGACUUCUGUAGGAAGGCUUGCCUUGCUGAUUGUUUUUGUGUUCUUGCUUUUUUUAGAGAUGGUGAGUGUUGGAAGAAGGGACACCCUUUAUCAAAUGGGAGGAUAGAUUCCACUCUUGGUGGGAAAUCUCUAAUUAAAAUAAGAAAAGACAAUUCAACUUUGAAGACAGGAGGCAGACAUUCGAAUAAGAAAGAUCAAUCUACACUAGUACUUAUUGGAUCAAUACUUUUAAGCAGCUCAGUUUUUGUGAAUGUCCUUUUACUUGUAGCAGCCAUCUUAUUUUUCUAUCGGUUUCGCCAUAAAGCAAGGGUGAGUAAGCUAGAUCAAUUCAUACCGGGAAUCAAUUUGCAUACUUUCACUUAUGCAAAACUAGAAAAGGCCACCAAUGGUUUCAAGGAGCUACUAGGAAAGGGUGCUUUUGCCAGUGUCUUCAAAGGGGUUAUUUCAUUUGAUGACAAGCAAUGUUUGGUUGCUGUCAAGAAGUUGGAGCACAUGGUGAAAGAAAAUGACCAAGAAUUCAAGGCGGAAGUAACUGCUAUUGGUCGUACGAAUCAUAAGAAUUUGGUGCAGCUAAUUGGGUUCUGUAAUGAGGGGCAGCACCGGCUUCUUAUCUACGAAUAUAUGAGUAAUGGAUCACUAGCAAGCUUUCUUUUUGGAUCAUCAAAUAAGCCAAAAUGGCACCAAAGAAUGAACAUUGCAUUGGGGAUUGCAAGAGGGCUAUUUUACUUGCAUGAAGAAUGCAGCACCCAAAUCCUACAUUGUGAUAUCAAGCCUCAAAACAUCUUACUAGAUGACUCUUACACGGCAAGGAUUUCUGAUUUCGGUCUAGCCAAGAUGUUGAAGACCGACCAGACUCGAACCACUACUGGUAUAAGAGGAACCAAAGGAUAUGUAGCACCCGAAUGGUUUAGAAAUAUGCCUGUAACAGUCAAGGUGGAUGUAUACAGCUAUGGAAUCUUGUUGUUAGAGCUCAUUUGCUGCAGAAAGAAUGUUGAAGAAUAUGCAGAGGAUGAUGCCCAGAUGAUAUUGGCUGACUGGGCAUAUGAUUGCUAUGCAGGUGGGAAACUCGAUUUUCUAGUUGAGAAUGAUGAUGAAGCAUCACAAGACCUGAAAAGGGUGGAGAAAUAUGUGAUGGUUGCAUUAUGGUGUAUCCAAGAGGACCCUUCACUGAGACCCACAAUGAAGAAAGUUAUUCUCAUGCUUGAAGGAACUAUUGAAGUUUCAAUUCCUCCUGACCCAACCUCAUUCAUCAGUUCAAUAUAGUUCCAUUCCCACAUUUGUGUACAAUUAUAUGGUUUGUUAUGUAAUCAGUCUUAGUGUAGGCUUAAUGGUAUUACAUGUAUCAAUUAAACACUUGGUGUACAAUGCAAUGUAGGUUCUCAAUAUCCAAAUACAAUAGUUGAUAAAUUCAUCAUCA